AGGACUACGCCGUGAGAUGUGCAGUCUGCAUUUUUUUCUUCCACUGUCGCCUCAAAAGAUACAAGUACUUCCGUCGGGUCACAACAUGUCUGUGAACAGUUUAAAUGAAGCUUUUCAGAAUAUGGGUUUAACUGAUAGAUCAUCAACUAUUUUCCUGGGAUAACGAAGAACGUUAAGUACGUAAUUAAUGUGAUCCCAAAUUAAACGUAUUUUGGAGGCCCGAGUGCGGGGGAACAGGGCGCUGAAGAGGAAGCAGUAACCAGCCAUCUUUUUUCUGACAAUAACAAGAAAGAGAGAGGCUGAAAAGAGAGUGGUGAAGCAGUUGCAUGUUACUAUCCAUUUUCAUUGGGAAAGAAAUAAGACCAGCCAAACAUUUAAUUAAAUACAUAAGCGCAGACACAGCGAAGUUGUGGGGACAACUCUAAGCGUCAAGACCCAACGCCAAAAACUAAAAGGAGAACCUCUUAGGAUUAACAGACUGGUUAUUUGAUUUUGUAGUAUUUUUCAUGUUUCCAACAGGUUUAUCCUCCCCUAAUCCCCCACCACCAGCUCAGGAGGUCAGACCAGCAGCUUCUGAUGGUAGUAACAGCGGCAGCAAUAAUAGUAACAACAGUAAUUCCACGUGCAAGAAGAGAAAAAUAAACUGCACGGAUAAGGAAGAGUUUGACUCCGUUUCGACUUCACCUCCGAAAGGCAUCAGCCACCCCACGAGCGGCUCUCCCGGCUCCCACCACAUCCAGAAGAAGUUACGUUUUGAGGACUCGUUGGAUUUCAUAGGACUGGAUGUGAAAAUGGCCGAGGAGUUCUCUACUACCACAGCAUCUUCGGUCCCUUCUUCAUCUUCCAGUAAGACUAAAAACCUCUUUCUGCCUGCUGGCGUUGGUCACCAUGCAAACGGUUUGACCAAAACGACGGCGGCAGCCUCGUCCAGCUUCUCCAGUAGCAAGCCCGGAGCUGCCAAGAAAUUAGUGAUCAAAAACUUCAAAGAAAAACCAAAAUUACCUGAGAACUACACUGAUGAGACCUGGCAGAAGCUUAAAGAGGCAGUGGAAGCAAUUCAAAACAGCACUUCAAUCAGAUAUAAUUUGGAAGAACUUUACCAGGCAGUUGAAAACCUGUGUUCCCACAAAAUUUCAGCAAAUCUUUACAAGCAGUUGAGAACAGUAUGUGAGGACCACAUAAAGGCACAGAUCCAUCAGUUCAGAGAGGAUGCAUUAGAUAGUGUACUAUUUCUUAAGAAGAUAGAUAAGUGUUGGCAAGAUCACUGCAGACAAAUGAUCAUGAUAAGAAGUAUAUUUUUGUUUUUGGAUCGGACUUAUGUUCUUCAGAACUCUAUGCUGCCAUCUAUUUGGGACAUGGGUUUGGAUUUGUUUAGAUUCUAUAUAAUUAGUGAUCAAAAAGUUCAGAAUAAAACGAUUGAUGGUAUUCUACUAUUAAUUGAGAGAGAACGAAAUGGUGAAGCCAUUGACCGAAGCUUGCUACGAAGCCUCCUAAGUAUGCUCUCAGAUUUACAAAUAUACCAGGAUUCAUUUGAACAUCGUUUCCUAGAAGAAACCAACCGUCUAUAUGCAGCUGAAGGUCAAAGGCUUAUGCAGGAACGAGAGGUUCCAGAAUAUUUACAUCAUGUAAAUAAGCGUUUAGAAGAAGAAGCUGAUAGAGUAAUUACAUAUUUAGAUCAGAGUACACAGAAGCCUCUCAUAGCAACAGUAGAAAAGCAGCUAUUAGGAGAGCACCUUACAGCCACUUUGCAAAAAGGUUUGAACCACCUUCUUGAUGAGAACAGAAUUCAGGACUUAUCACUUUUAUACCAACUGUUUAGCAGGGUACGAGGUGGAGUACAAGUACUUCUCCAGCACUGGAUAGAGUAUAUAAAGGCAUUUGGAAGUACAAUUGUAAUUAAUCCUGAGAAGGAUAAGACCAUGGUCCAAGAAUUGCUGGAUUUCAAGGACAAAGUUGAUCAUAUCAUUGAUGUCUGCUUUCUAAAGAAUGAAAAAUUUGUAAAUGCUAUGAAGGAAGCUUUUGAAACCUUUAUUAAUAAAAGACCCAAUAAGCCAGCAGAACUAAUUGCAAAGUAUGUUGAUUCCAAGCUCCGUGCUGGUAACAAAGAAGCAACUGAUGAAGAGUUAGAGAAAAUGCUGGAUAAGAUCAUGAUCAUAUUUAGAUUUAUUUAUGGUAAAGAUGUAUUUGAAGCAUUUUACAAAAAAGAUUUAGCAAAGAGGUUGCUGGUUGGCAAGAGUGCUUCUGUAGAUGCAGAAAAAUCAAUGUUGUCAAAACUUAAACAUGAAUGUGGAGCUGCUUUCACAAGCAAACUAGAAGGAAUGUUUAAAGAUAUGGAACUUUCUAAAGACAUAAUGGUUCAAUUUAAACAAUACAUGCAAUGUCAAAAUGUCCCUGGUAAUAUUGAGCUGACAGUAAACAUCCUUACAAUGGGCUACUGGCCAACAUAUGUGCCUAUGGAAGUGCAUCUACCUCCUGAGAUGGUAAAGCUUCAAGAAAUAUUCAAGACGUUUUACUUGGGAAAACACAGUGGUAGAAAACUUCAGUGGCAAUCAACACUAGGGCAUUGUGUGCUAAAAGCUGAGUUUAAGGAGGGUAAAAAGGAGCUUCAGGUGUCAUUAUUCCAAACAUUGGUGCUACUCAUGUUUAACGAAGGUGAAGAAUUUAGUUUGGAUGAAAUAAAGCAGGCUACAGGAAUAGAGGAUGGUGAGCUAAGGAGAACUCUACAGUCUCUGGCCUGUGGCAAGGCUAGAGUUCUGUCAAAAACCCCAAAAAGUAAAGAUGUUGAAGAUGGAGACAAGUUCACCUGCAAUGACGACUUCAAACAUAAACUCUUCAGGAUAAAGAUCAAUCAGAUUCAAAUGAGAGAAACGGUAGAAGAGCAAGCCAGUACUACGGAACGGGUAUUCCAAGACAGGCAGUAUCAGAUUGAUGCAGCUAUUGUCCGAAUAAUGAAAAUGAGGAAGACCCUCAGUCAUAAUCUAUUAGUUUCAGAGGUCUACAAUCAGCUGAAAUUCCCAGUUAAGCCUGCUGACUUGAAGAAAAGAAUAGAGUCACUAAUUGACAGGGACUAUAUGGAGCGAGACAAAGAAAACCCCAAUCAAUAUAAUUAUGUGGCGUAAGAAGUCGCAUUGCAUUGGCUGCUCUGAGCACUUCGUCUCAUAUCCAGACCUUCAGUGGAUGUUCCUCUUGCACAGCUGAAUCCAGCAACUAACAGCUGAUUGAAGUGACCUCAUGGAAGAAGAGCUUAACUGUAAGAUGUACCCUUGACUGCUUGCCCAUGAACCGAAUAAUGUACACUUUCAUGAAAGCUGAUAAUUGUGAGUCAAAGUUGCCUCUAAAACAAGCAAGCAAAACCAAGGGGGUCUGGCUUAAAUAAUUAUGUUGAAUUCUUAUUUUAAUACAGUUUUGUUUAUUUUAUUUAUUUUUUUCUGAUCUCCCACAUUUUUUGAUCUACAAGACAGGUGGGGUCUUAUAAGAGGGCUGUCCAGAUUUGUGUGCAUUUUAUAUAUAUAUAUAUAUAUAUAUAUAUAUAUAUAUGUAUAUAUAUAUAUGUAUAUAUAUAUAUGUAUGUGUGUAUGAAGUCCUGCACACCCACCUGAUAUAAUGAAAAGCCAAACAAGGAAAGAUUUGAGCUACUGGUCAUUUUAUUUUGUGUCCAGAACUAUUAUGUUAUUUCUCCUUGGAAUUCAUCCCCAACCAAAAACAAAGUAGGAAACGGCCUCAUUUACAAAUAAUCCUCGUAGAUUUCAUUGAACUGAAAGAAUUAAUUUAGUACAUUAUUCAAUGUUCUAAUUAGUCUGCUCAAGUCCUAAGCAAAAACUGGAUUUUUCCAAAUUGAAACUUUUGUUAGAAUGUGCCAAUUUUUUGUGUUUUUUUUGUUUGUUUUUUUUUUUGUUUUUUUUAACAAUAAUUCUACUUUUUUGUUUGUCUGAUGCUGCUAGACACUAUAAAGGCUAUGUACAAUGAUACUGGAAGCUCAUUGUUGGGAUAUGAAUUAACCAUUUAAAAAUGUGUCACUUGCAAAAAAAAAAAAAAAAGGUUUUUAAAAGGUCAGUGAAGUAUAAGUAAGUAAGAUGGCACAAUAAUGUAUAGUGCAGCUUUGAACCCAACUACAGAUUUCUCAUCUUACUGCCUAUCCUGUUAUACCACAUCUUUUUAUUUAUUAUAUCUAGCCAAUUUUUAGAAUGGUAAGUCAUGCAACUGCAGACUUUGAAAAGCCAUGUUGUAACUGGUGUUUCAAGUUUAAAUUCCCUAUAAACCACCAUGCUACUAUCAUAGCUUUUCAAAAGAAAAUCGUUGAAGACUCAUGAAUUAUAAACUGCAGUUUUCUCUCUGUAGAAGUGCACUUUGAUGUUGGAAACUGUUUUCUCACACAAUAUAGACCUGAAAAGCAUUCCAAAAAAUUUUUUUUUUUCUUUUCAUGUUAUUAUCCCUUCAAGUGAUAUCUUCCAGUACUUUCAAGUCAGUUUACAGUUUUAACAGUUUUUCAUUGUGCUUCAUACAUCUAUAGAAAUGACUGACUGCCUCUCCCCCACCUUGUUUAAUUUCCAUACGAUGUCUUGUAUAUUUUUGAAAAAUACUAAAGUCAAUAUGUUUAUGCUUUGCCUACAUCUACAACACAUUUUGUAAUUUUUGGAAAGCUUUUUGAAUAAGGUAUCCUUACAGAAUUGUUUUCAAGUUCAAUUUUCAUACUUUAUACAGUGAAUAGUAGUAAUACUCAGUACUACUUUCACAUUAGCGUUCUAAUCAUAAAGAUGUUUGGAAAGGUCCAUAACAAAGGGCCAUGUUUCAUAUUCUCUGAGUAACACAUUGUAGUUUUCUGUAAAAUAAUAUGCAAAUAACCAUAUUUUGUGUGCAACAAAAUGCAGUUUUAAGGUAACAUUUGUUUUCUCACUGUAAAAAUAAAACAAGUUAUUUUGUGUCUCAGUGUAUAAUUUUUUUUUUAAAUUUACUGCUUUUUGGCUGUAAUAAAUCUAUACUUCAGAAAGGCACUGUAUAAAUAAAUGUAUUAGUAUUACUUAAGAGCAGACUAACCCCAUUUUGCAACUGUUAGAUUGUGUUUAAUUAGCAUACAAAAGCUGCUAUCAAACAGGUACAGUUUAAAAUUCUUUCAGUACGUGGACAAAACUGUUUUUGAGGCCUUCUGACUUUCAGUAGUGUAUGAAUAAAUCCUGUUUUACCAGCAAGGAGCUCCUUUAAUGUCCUGUUCCAUAAACACUAUUUGUUAGUAAAAUGUUAAUUUAUUUUUAAUUAAGUUUCUGUCUUUCACCCUGAGAAAAUAGAAUUUAAAAUUAUUUUCCUCUUUCCUCAUUGUUUUUAUUAGAGAAUAUUAUUUUAAUUAAAUGUGAAGUUCAAAUACACUAUACACCCUUAAAUAAAUAAAUUAUAAAUCCUUAAAUAUUUUUUUUUACCUGUAUGUAAAGGUACUAAAGUAAGAUUUACAGAGUGACUGCAAAGGAUAGAUGAAGUGUCUGUACAGUGGUAUAAAAGGGUUCAAUAUUCCGUCAUACCAGCAAAGCAAGUGGAGAAAGCAGCUGCUCAUUUAGCAGACUUGUAUUGAGUACUUUGGAAAGCUUGCUUGCAGAAUACGGUGACAAAUUGUUUUAUCUGUUGUAUAUGCUUUAACCCUGAGAUGAUUUUUCAGAUAGUUCUCAAAGUCCAGGAAUAGUGCCAAAAUAUUCUGUGUAAUUCUAACAAAACUAAUUCUGCAAGCAUUCUUUUCAUUGAUACUGGCAUAACUGCUUGUUUAAACUGAAUGUAGAAUGUCUAAUAUAAAAGCCAAUAGAGCAAUUCAGAUGAGUUGUGCCAAGGCUUAAAAAUUAACUGCAAAACUUGCUAAAUAGAGGGAAAAGAGACAACAAGCAUGCCAAUCUUAAUGUUUUUUUUUGCUCUUUUUGCAUUCUUUUGUUAGUGCAUCUGAAGAGGAUUACUAUGCUUUUAUUUUACAAUAGUUGUGCAUAUUGAACUUCUCCCCACAAGUAACCAUCUCUCCCACAACUAGUUUUCCAUAAAGUGGCGAGCACUGGAACGGGUAUAUAGCAGCCCUCCAAUCUCAAGGGAACAUCUUACCUGCAACUUUGGAUAGUUCAGCUGUCCCUCUCACUCUUCUGUUUCUGCAGGGCUGCAUAUUAAAAAAUUGCAUACAAAAUGUGAAAAAAUGAGCAUGUAAAUCAAACCACAUGUUUCAUAAAAGCAUAAAAAAGUUUUUAAUAUUUCAUAAAGAUGGGUGAAAAGCAAAUGUUAUAUACUGUAAAUAUAUGUUCCCUUCAAAAAGAGUGAGUCUGUAUUCUACUUUUUGUGUCAAUAAAUGCUAAACACUAAAA